UCACGCUUUUCUCUCUCGCUCGGAGGAGCGGGGCCGUGUGAACGUGCAGAAGACGCAGAGCAGCGAGGGAGGAGCCGAGCUAUGGUGUCCAAGGCGGGCGACUCCGGCACCAAGCUCAGGAAGUCGAAUGGGGAGCAGUCGAAUGAAGGUGUUGGAAACUUGGUCUCUAAGAUAAACCAGCUCAGAAAGCAAAUUCAAGCUGAGAGGAAUUCUUCGGUUAAAGAGAAGUUUGAGAAAAAUGGGCAGAAAGUAGAAGAUCAUGUACGCCAGCUUUUUUCGGAAGCAUCAACAAACGAUGGUUCCAGUAAUAUACUGUCGUCGAGGAUUGAGAAUCCUCUUGGGAAGUUUGGUGCGUUUGUUCAUGGAUCAGGUGAUAAAGAUGGCAUUUACAAUCACGAAUUGUCAUCCUUUGUGGGCAUCAAGCUUCCAUAUACUGAGAAAUUACCUCCGUAUACCACAUGGAUAUUCUUGGAUAGGAAUCAGAGAAUGGCUGAAGACCAGUCAGUGGUUGGGAGAAGACGUAUUUACUAUGACCAACAUGGCAGUGAAGCACUCAUUUGCAGUGAUAGUGAGGAAGAUAUGACCGAGCCUGAGGAAGAGAAGCAUGACUUCUCUGAUGCUGAGGAUCGCAUACUAUGGAUGGCUUUUGAGGAGCAUGGUCACAGCGAGGAUGUACAGAACAUUGUGAGCCAGUUUGUUGGGGGCACCAAAUUAGAAAUCCAGGAGAGAUACAAAUUUCUUAAAGAGAACCAUGACAAGAAACAGAACAAAAAUCUCAAAAACUCUGGAGAUGUGGGAACUGAUAAGGGAAUAUAUCUGGACAAGACCCUCAGUGCUGCUUUAGAUUCUUUUGACAAUCUUUUCUGUCGUCGUUGCUUGCUAUUUGAUUGUCGUCUUCAUGGCUGUUCCCAAAGCUUAAUUAUUCCUAGUGAAAAGCAGCCCUAUUCUCUUGAGCAUGAAGAAGAUGGAAAACCUUGUGGUGAUCAAUGCUACCUGAAGGAUUGUUUGCAGUUGAAUAAGUUGAAUGCUAUCAAGGCUUCAUCGGAAUGUUCUGAUUUUGAUUUCUCCAAUGGGAAAAGGGAAACCUUAAGAGAGAUAGAGGAAAGUAUGAGAUCCUCUAGUGCUGAAGAGCUGGUUCCUGCAGAUCACAGCACAGGUCUCACCCAAGUGCAUGACCAAGCCAUACCUUCUUCCUCAGAAGGUAUUGAUGAAGAUUCACAGUGUCAUACGUCUGUAACUGCGGUAUGCACCGAGAUCACUGGAAAGUGUAAGGAUAUAGAGAAGGAAAUUACAGCACCGCAAGACCCAAAACUCAUUCCUGAUGAUUUUGGGGGAUUCCCUAUUAAAAAACAGAAGAUACAGGUAUCACCUCAUCCCGAUGUACCUAGUAAAGUGGAGUUUUACCCGGCCAUUGUUGACGCUGCAAAGGAGUCCACUUUUGGUGAUUCUGGAAAACUAGGAUUUUCUGGUGGUCCUUGUGAUAACACUGAGGAUCUUAUUAUAAAUGAAGAGGAAGAUGUCGUGGAGGUACCUGCUCCAGUACAGACUUCCAAUAAGGCUGGAGAACAUGGCAUUAUGAGAGAUGAAGGUAAUGUUGUAGCAGAGGCACCUAAAGUAAAGCGAAAAUCUAAUGAAGUUGCAGGUGAAAGGAUGGUGCGCAUCCAUGAGUGGAAACCUAUCGAGAAAGAAUUAUAUACGAAGGGAAUAGAAAUAUUUGGCAAAAACAGCUGUCUCAUUGCCAGAAACAUGCUUUCUGGCUUGAAAACAUGCAUAGAAGUAUCGAGCUACAUGCAUGAUGUUGGGGCUUCAAUAUCCAAUAGAUCAGGUGCUACACCUAGUUCAUGUUUGGAAGACAAUGGAAAAGCAGACAUGGAUCAUGCUACUGAAGAAAUGCCUACAAAAGCUCGGUUACUUCGUAGGAGGGGCAGAACACGGAAACUCAAAUAUUCCUGGAAGUCUGCUGGUCAUCCUUCGAUUUGGAAAAGAAUUGCAGAUGGUAAAAAUCAAUCUUGCAAGCAGUAUACUCCGUGUGGCUGCCAGUCUAUGUGCGGAAAGCAAUGCACGUGUCUACGAAAUGGUACUUGCUGCGAAAAGUACUGUGGGUGCUCGAAGAGCUGCAAGAACCGUUUUAGGGGAUGUCAUUGUGCAAAAAGUCAGUGCAGAAGUAGGCAAUGCCCCUGCUUUGCCGCUGGACGUGAAUGUGAUCCGGAUGUUUGCCGGAACUGCUGGGUGAGUUGUGGAGAUGGUUCAUUGGGUGAGCCCCCCAGGCGUGGUGAGGGCCAAUGUGGAAACAUGAGGCUCCUGCUAAGGCAGCAGCAAAGAAUCCUCUUGGCCAAAUCUGAUGUUGCUGGAUGGGGUGCCUUUUUGAAGAACCCAGUGAACAGAAAUGAUUAUCUUGGAGAAUAUACAGGAGAAUUGAUAUCUCAUAGAGAGGCAGACAAACGUGGGAAAAUCUAUGACCGUGCUAAUUCGUCAUUUCUUUUUGAUUUGAAUGAUCAGUACGUCCUUGAUGCUUUCCGCAAGGGAGACAAGCUUAAAUUUGCAAAUCACUCAUCCAACCCUAAUUGCUAUGCAAAGGUGAUGCUAGUGGCAGGAGAUCAUCGGGUGGGAAUUUUUGCAAAGGAGCAUAUUGAAGCGAGUGAGGAGCUCUUUUAUGACUAUCGUUAUGGGCCAGAUCAAGCUCCCGCAUGGGCCCGGAGACCUGAGAGUUCGAAGAGAGAUGAUUUGUUGGUCUCUCAAGGUAGAGCAAAGAAGCACCAGUGAUCAGUCUCGGUCAUUAAGUGCGCAAGGUCGGUCAUCCCAGGUAACAUUUACUUAUAAGACUGGCAGGGGACAAGACAGUUGGAUUUUAGUUCAAUCUUUACCUGUAAGGCUAUACUAUAGAAAUUAUCCAAACAAAGGAUUCGAGUGUAGUACUGUACAUUUGUAUAUACACAUCAGAGAGAGAGAUAGAGAAGUAUUACCUAGACAUGAAUAAAUGUCGACCUAAUAAAUGAAUGGAUUCACAGUGUGAUUGCUCUAGAACAAAUCAAAGCUAUUUGACAGUCCUCGUUUA